AUGGACAAAGAAAAGGAAAUCCUGGGUUUGUCACUGAGUACUGGUGGUUCCUACCCCUCUGCUCCCCCAACAAUACCGACGGAACAUGGUCCCUCCCAAUCAACACCACAACGUGGAAAUUCUGACCAACUUCAUCAGUAUCAAAGCAACAUGGCAUCUGCUGAACCCACUGUUACUGUUGUAAACGAGCAAGCCAUUGAAAUCAACGCCCCUCCCUCUUAUGAUGACAUUUUUGCCAAAAAAGUUUCAGCGACUUCUAAGCAAUGCACAUCAAGUCCAUACCUCAAAGACGACAGAACUGUUUGGGAACAAUUCCACGAAUGCUUUGAAAUGUCCUGUUUGCAGCAGAUUAUAUGGCUGGGAGCUCUUGCCUUUUCUAUUUCUUACAUCUAUUACGGUUUGAAAUUCGCUGGAAAAUGUUACUGGCAGAGGUUCAACGACAAAGGAAAAGUUCAAGAAGAGGAAAACCUCUCAGGAUUUAUCCAGUCAGAAGGUGGGCUCAUAUGCGCCACAGUUCUUUUUGCUUUACUGAUUCGAUUACUUGCCCUGUUGGAUAUGUGUCGAAAACAUCAUCAUUCUCGAAGUGAACUUGAGGGAAAGAAGAAAUGUGGUGGAUAUUUGUUUUUCAUUGGAUUGGCCUUGUAUAUAGCUAAUUUCGCAGUGUGUAUCGUAGGAGCCACAAAGAUUAUUCCUUUAGAUGAGAAAAUUGCAGAUAACAAAACGUACAGAGUAACUUGUGAUCCAGAGUUUCAGAGCUAUUAUUUCAAUGCCAAAGUGGGAGAACUGAGUGUGCUGAUGCCGUACGCGUUUUACGUUUUGAUCUCCUUGAUAAUAAUGCCUGGUAUACAAAAAAAAUGGUUUUUGAGACGUAAAUGGCGUCAGUGGGUCAGACUUCUUGAUGCGGACCAAGACGGCGUCAUCAGCGCUGACGACAUGGAGAAAACAAAUGCUAAAUUGGAAGAGAUAAGAAAACUUUUUGGUGCCAAGGAUACAGCAUUGUCUGCCGGUAACCAAAAGAAGUGGUGGAACGAAAACAUUUUUAAAGGCGGUCCCGGAAAAGACAUAUCAGUUGAUGAUUACGUCAGUUACCUUGAAGGAACGGUAGGAAUGGCACCUCCACAUGAAAGAAAUGGAAAAGUGAAGCCAAUGAUUACCAGCUUUUUCAGCUUUUUCUCUACAGAAUAUUAUAGGAAGAAAAAUCUUAUAAUGAACCGAGGAGAGUUUUUGAAAUUCUGGACGAUCCUUGCAAAUGUUGAUGAAAUUCAUUGUAGAAAAAUGUACACAAAGCAUUUUCCAACACCCUUUACAAUGCAAUAUUUCUUAAACGAUUUUGAAAGCUUUCUUGCAAAUGAUACCUUCUUUGACGAAUUUGCCAAUAGGAUUUUUAAUAUUGUAAGAUACCAAGGCCGUAGAUGCUGCAAAGUCUGAAAACGCUUGAAUCCUCUAC